GGUUCAGGCUUUGUUUGGACGUCGAGAAGUCUCUGUUAGGCCCCUGGUUUGUUAUAGUACUCGGAUUCAGUUUACAGUUCAGUUGUGCUAUUUAAGAAUUUUUGUCAAAUAAGGGAAACAAAUCUGUAAUUAAACAUUUUUGUGGAUUGUGCAAUUUCAAGAUUUGGUAUUGUUUUUUUCUUUGAAAAUUUGAGUAAGGAGUUAAGGUGAAGGGCUUGUAAUGAGUGGCCAAAAUAGAUCUGGACCGUCCAGUGUCUUUCUCACUUUUAUCUGGUGUAUCCAUUUGCAUAUCUUUUUGCCUUCCAUGCAUGAAUCGAACAACACACACAAAGAGAUGGAGAGAGAGAGAGAGAGAGUAUGUUGAAAUUUUGACUAAUCGUGUUAGUAACAACACUUGUGAUAUUUUGUGAUAUUUUUUCUUUUGCUCCAAAAAAAUUCAAAAAUAAAAAGAGAAAACAAAUCUCUAAACUUGGAUAGAAGAAUACUGUGGAAUCUAUUUACAAAGUUUGUUUCUUUAACAUUAUCUCCUCUUUGCUAAGGCUUGAAGGUAGAGAGGAUCUUGUACUUAAAGCCAGAGAAUAACUGUCACAUCCCAGAAUCUCUUGAUCCCUGAGAAAGCAUCAACCUUUCCUCUGCUUCCCUUCGCUCCGUAGCCUUUGGGAGAUUUUGAGUGUUUGAUCGACCAAUCUAAGAUGGAGAAGGAGUUUGUGUGCAAGUUCUGUAACAAGAAGUUCCCUUCUGGGAAAUCACUCGGAGGUCACAUCAGGAUUCAUUCGCCUCGGAGUUCAGUUCAUUCAGAUAGUUUCAUUGGCAAGAACAACAACAGCAAGAAGAGGUUGGUGGAUCAGAGAGCUCUUGCCAGUCACAUGGAUUGUCACAACUACGAGGGAAAGAAGAUGGGCACCCAGUCUGCUUCUGAGACUACUACUUCCUCUGGUCCUACCAUGAUCAAAAGAUCCAAGAAGCAGUCCAGUUCUGAAUCUUUUAGUACUGUGAGCUGGUCUUCUGAUCCUGGGAUUGAUCAAGGAUCUAAGGAUCUGAUGUUUUUACAUUUGGGUAGGAAAGACUAUAACUUCAACUCUCUGGUGCCUGAGUCAUCUGAGAACAACUCUGAGAUUCUCGAGACCAAGACAUCUUCAGGGGAGCUGCUUAAGACACCACACAAAGUUGCUGUUGUUGAUGAUAGUGAUGAUGGUUCCUCUGAUUCUGAUUACUUCAUGAACGGACCAAAGAAGUCAGACUCAGAUGUCUCGGUUGGUGGGUCUCUUAGGAACACUGGAUUUGGUUCUGGAUUCAACAGCUUCAAGAACGGUGAUGAUCUUGGGGUAAAGGAGGGAGGAUCAAAGCAUGAGCUGGGCAAAAGCAAAAGGGUCUCGCCUUUUUAUGAAAGUGAUUCAUCUGCAGACACAAACAACAAGUUUCAUAGGUCCAGUGAUGUCAAAUCACCGAUGGUUAAGAAAGCAAGUGGUGGAGUCAAGAAUAGCAAAGGCCACGAGUGCCCGAUUUGCUUCAAGGUGUACAGUUCAGGACAAGCUUUAGGAGGUCACAAGAGAUCACAUACCAUUGCCAAUCAAGCACAGAGGGCCAAACGCAAAGCAGCUGAUAUGCAAUUCGAUCUCAAUCUUCCUGCUGAGGAUACUGAUGAUUGAAUUAGAACAUGAAAACCACAGCUCAUCCCUAGGUUUUGUUCUCUUCUUUAUCCUUGUUUUCUCUAGAAUUCUUUUAUUAAAAAUGUUCAAGGUUCUGACUGUAUAUCAAAACCUUUUUGAUUUGUUCAUGUAAAGAUUUUUUUUAUCACUUGGGCAAUUCGUUUCUUUCUCAGUGUUGAUAUAAAGAUUCAAGUUUCUUACUAAGAGAUUCUUCUUUGUUUUCAACAUUUAAGAUUCCUUUCUCUCUCUUUCAGCUUUCUCUUUAUAAACCUUUGGUAACUUAGUAUUCAUAUUUACUCAAUCAAAGUACACUAGAGUCAUUGUCUCUUCUUCUGUAAGACAUGAUGAUGUUUUGAUUUUUACCAAAGAAAAGGAAGAGAUGUGUGCUUAUCUUAAGAUGUUACUUCAAAAGAACCCCUCUUCAUGUGAGGGACUGAUGGGUCGUUCUUAUCAGGGCUCUUCUAAAUAGUUUUGGUGUAAUCUUUCUUUUAGCCCAUGGGAAGCCUAUAAAGAGCAGAGAGAGAGAGAUAGCUUGAGACCCAAGAAACAGUUAAAUAUACGUUCUUGACUUUUCUUGUAUAUAUUGGUUGUAAACAUUUAAUGUAGAAUACAUAAUAAACCUAUUAUUUUUGUACGUUUUCAUUAUUUCAUAUCAUAUGAAAAGAGCAACAGCAAGUGGAAUAAAUCGAGAUCGGAAUGUAUAAUGAGAUCACGGGUUGAUAUUUAAUUAUGUCUAUGAAAACGACCUCCUCCUCAUAACGUCGGCUCAUGUGCAUCUUCUGUGUUGCAUUAAAACUCCCACUUUGCUUAUUUCCCUCUUUCUCUCUCUCUCUCUCUUUUAGUUUAAACUUUCCCUUCUCCACCAAAACAUAUCGUACUCUCUCUCUCUCCCUUCCCAUAUCAAGCAAUGUGGACGAGCCACCUGAACCGUCCGAUCCUUCUCCUCGUCGUCUUUUUGCUUGUCGCCGCUUCUCUGACCGCCGAAGAAAACCGGAUGACAUCAAGAAACUUCCGGUACCGAACUCACAGAUACGUCCCGAGGGUUCAGCAUCCGUAUUACGUGGCUCCUCGCGGUUCGUGUGACUCUUUUUCUCGUACGUACGCGCGGUCUAUGUGCCUUGAGCUUCAAAGAAUCCACCGUAACAGCCGGAAACAGCCACUUGCUCCCCCUCCUCCUCCGCUCGAGAUUGAUCCAAGGUACGGCGUCGGCGUCGAUAAAAGACUCGUCCCCUCCGGUCCAAAUCCUCUUCACAACUAAAACCCUAUACCCCCUGUUUGUAUACAGAGACCCUAUAGUUACAUAUUUUAUAGCCAGGCUGACACGUUUCUUGGUGUUCCUUGGAGUACUUGUUCGAGUGAUCAAUGUUUUCAAAGAUAUUAUUUUUCCCGAAGACGUACGAAGUCAUUUCUUCUUUGCGGAGCAUUCUUGAAUCUUGAUUCUACUCUACUCUCUUCAUCUAUGUUAUAUGUUGUUACUAUUUCCACGCUUGUUUUCUUAAGACUUGUACAGUGUGGAAACAAUCUUGGAAAUAGUGUAUUCUUGCAAAGUCUUUCUUUUUCA